UCCCGCCGCGCCAGCUCCCGGCGCUCCCUCCGCAUGGCCGAGGCUGCCGGCUCCCCGCCGGUGCGGGGCAGGUGCGAGGCGAGCGGCGCGGCGGCGGCCCGAGCCCGCUGGCGGCUGCUCGGACAGGUUCUGAGGAGAAAGCACUUGAAAGAUGUGCACCUCCAACAAGUGUCUGUAAGAAGGUUUGCAUCAUUCAAUCUCUUUUCAAUAGAAGAUCAGAAUACAGAAGAGGAAACUGGGACCUGGGUUCGGUAUAGAAGCAUCUUUUAUCCCAAGUACAGUGUCUCCCUAAGAUUCCACAAUGGCCUCYUAAAUGUCAAAGAUGUUCUUACAAGUUUUGACAACACGGGGAAUGUCUGUAAGUCACUGUUGAUGUAA